UGUUUAUUAAAAAUAUUUAUUGUGUUGUUUUUGAAUGGCCAGCCCAUCUUUAAACACUUUCGGUUUGAAAGUAAGAAGGCCAUCGGACACGUUGAAAGAUGCUAAAGGUUUCUCGAAAUAUCGAGCCAUUCAAGGAAAUGUGAAGGUCCCCGAUUUGAGAUACACACCAAGAUGGUCGACCAUCGACAUCGUUAUAGACACGAGCAAUUUUUCAUACGAAAGUUUGAAACCGAGAGAUCGUCUGCUGAAUGAUUACAAAUUGGUCGCGAGAAAGGCUUUGAUCUCCUCUAUUACAGAUUUAGAGAUAAUGGCAAACUUACCGAUCCUACUGCAAAACAAUUGCAAAAGAUUAAAGAGAUUUUUUAACAGAGAAGAGAUUCAAUUUAUUAAAAAAGUGGCAGAAAAGUACCAAAUGCCGCCGCAAGAGUUCACCUGGGGUAAAGUACCACGUGAGACAAUAGCCAAUCUGAAACACAUACAAGCUUUAAAAGAGCCGAAAGGUGAAUCGACAAUAAUUAGCCCUGUAAUGUCGAAAAUGGUGGAGAUUAUGACCGAUAAUUACUGCCUAAGUGUUCAGAGAAACCAGGCAAAUAAUUUUUUGUUAAAAGAGGUCAACGUCUUGCUAGGACUCAUGAGAGACUUGAAGGAUAUAAUGGAGUACAACUUUAACAUGUCCGCAACCGAAGAAAGGAAAAAUAGAAUUAUUUAUAACAGUGCUGUUAAGCAAUUCAGCUCUCUCAAAGAAGAAUUUCAAAAUCUCUCAACCACUAUAGAGGAAAAAAGAGGGAUAUUUUUGAUAGCAAUAACCAACGAGAAAAAGAAAAUUCAAGACCUAUUGCAAGAGAAAGAGAACUUGGGCAAGAAAACGAAAGAGGAUAUAGCUCAAUACGUAACAAAUUCUGAAGUUGCGAUGAUGGAUGAUUCGAUUGAGAGCCACGAAAACCAAUCGGCUCUAACAAAGUCGGCUGCAUUUGCUACAAACGAAUACGAAACACUGCGUAAAAACAAUCUGAAACGGGAAGAAGGCCUAAAAAAGAAAUGCAGCAAAGUCGAAACAGUUUUGGCCAAUUGGUUAAAUCUGUACGACACUGACGUCGGCAAAAAGCGUCUAGAGUACGAAGAACUUAAAGAUAAGCUUGAUGGUCUUAUCGAAGACUACAACAAUUGGAACGCAGCCUUAGAUGAGCAGCAAGAACUGUACGACGAGUGCUUCGGCGAAUUUGAAGAAGAAGAGAGGGAAAGGUUUGAAGAACUUGCUUAUCAGUUCUUACGUAAUAGGUCGGCUGCUACAAUCCAAAGAUAUUAUAGAGAAUAUCGCAAAAAGAGGAAGGAAAAAUCGAAAGGAAGGAAAUCCAAGAAAGAUAAGAAGCCAGUAAAGAAAUCUGCUUCAGAAGUGAAAGUAGCUGUUGCAGUCGAUAGAGGAGCAGACCUGUCAUCAAAGGUUGAAAAGCAAUUCGGAGGUGACGUUUUCAAAGAAUUGGAUCCAAAUGUGGGCUUUGAAAAAACUGAUAAAGUACAGCUCUAGCGAAUGAGAAAGAACGGGGAAUUUAUUUUUUUUUUAAUUUAAGUUUUUUAUUAUUUAUUUUAUUUUUAUGUUAUUUUGUAUACAUUCCUUCGGUACACAUAUUACAUUAAAUAUAUAUUUUUUUUAACGAG